AUGCGCCCAUGGCGGAGGUUUCGCGCAGAAAUGCCCGGACGAGGCAGGCCACUCUGCCCUCCAGCUGACGAUGCUUCCCGCACCCUCCGGGACAAGUUUGGAACGGGGGGGAUUUUGGAGGUGGUUCGAAUGUCAGAUCCACAUCUCAACACCCUGGCAUUGGGAAUGGAUCUGACUGGCAGGAACGACACCCCACCGCCCAUGGAGCCGGAGUUCUACCUUCCUCAGAGCUACUUCAUGAACCCUCCGAGCCCGAAAGUGGAGCACUUUGCAAAGUUUUCCCUGGAGACUUUGUUCUACAUGUUCUACAGUAUGCCCAGGGACAUGCAACAAGCCCUCGCGGCGUGGCAGCUGUACGAGCGUGGAUGGCGGUACCACAAGACUUCGAAGAUGUGGAUAGCCGCGGAGCCUCAGGAUGAUGGCACAGGCAACGCGCGCAGCGUCUACUUUGACCCAAUUGCUUGGGAGGUCAAGCACGUAGUGAAAGAAGUGGAUCCGACUGGGUUCCUCAGCAAGGAAGAAGUAAAAGUCCGAGGAGUGACGCCGUAG